UUUUGAUCAAUUUCACUCUACUUAUCAACAAUACAAUACAAAUUUCUUACCCCUCUUAGUAAGUUAUACAUAAUCAAACAAAACGAUUCAAUUUACAGCAAAUACGUUGUAUGAACAAUUAAACCAAAUCGCAUGCUACCAAAAGAAAUGACACCCCCAACGGUAUCAGCUGCACCUUUGGUGGCAGCCGCAUCUAAGCCGGAAUCAACAAGUACACCACCAUCCAAAUCAAACGAGAAUAACGUUAGUUCAACUACCGAGACAGCCAAUAACACCCUUCCACAGUCAGACAGUAAAGACAAGAAAGAAGAAACCACCAAUGGGACAUCGAAACGUAACCUUGAUUUCCAGAAAAUCAGAGAGAUUUUAGAGGAAGAAACCAAUACAUUUCUAAAAGGAGUUAAAAACACCGAUGUUGAUUGGUUUAUUAGAGACAAUAGUGUGAACUAUACUAUUCAAAUUCCACCAAGCACUCAAACAUCUGAUAAGAAGACUGAUAAACCAUCAACACCAGACAACCAGACUACUCCAGAGAAAAAAGUGGCCACUACUAAUGGAUCAACCAAGGAAGCACCCCCGUCACCCACUUUAGUAGUAUCACCGCACUUGAACACAACAAUUUCCAAUACCAAUGACAAUUAUGAAACAAAGACCAAGCCAUCUAUUGGUCCCAUUCAAGAAGAAAUGGCACUCCCAUAUGGGGUCACAAGUACAGGAGACAUUAUGAAAUCAUCUAGACGAAGAAGUAGUGCCAUUUCAACAACCAGUACUACCAGUACCAGCUCUACUUCUAGCAGUGGUCUUUUUUCUAAAUUCAAAUCCAAGUUCCAUAAAUUUACUGCAUUAUUUAAGAAUGAUUACGAUUUAAGAUUGAAAAAGAAGAAUACCAAUGCUAGUGCCACUUCAAACAUCUCAAUUACUGAUGUAUCCUCACCAAAGCGUACAGCAUCAAAAUCUGAAAUCAGCAAAGCAGAAAAGAAUGCCGCGUUGUCAAGCUCGCCAACUUCACAUAUAUUUGGCACUGCUACCGAUGAUGAUGAUGAUGACGAUGGUGGCGCAUCUGACCCGCGAUUAGACGAAUAUAUCAAAUUUUAUAAACAAAAAGAUGUUCGUCGAGCAUCAGUUUCGUCAUCACGUGCAGGAUCAGUCGAUUCCGGGAAGUACCCUCCCGCAUUAGUUAACGGAUUUGAACAUACUACUUACAAUUCUACACCUUCUUCACCACCCAAGGAAACUACCUCGAAACUUUCCUCAUUUCUUCGAAGAAAAACUGCAACUAUUAUUAACCCUCCAUCUGUAUCUUUCAAAGGAUUGAAGCCACUUAAACGUGUUGCGUUCCAUUCAAGUACUUUCUUGAUUGACCCACCUCAGCAAAUUCCUCUGAGAACCCCAAGAAAGGGGAAUGUUGAGUUAUUACCUAAUGGAAGUUAUAAGAUUCAUCCGUUGACCGAAGAAGACAAAUUGGCAAUUGAAAAGAGUCAAAUGGGAUUAGGUGGGGGUAUUGUGGUUGGAGGAACAGGUGCUUUAGGAUAUAUCAAGAAGGAUGAGAAGGAUGAGAAGGAAUCGGAAGAAGGAGAAGGUGAGAAGAAAGAAGACGAGGAGCACUCAGAUGAAGAUAACUCAGAUGAAGAAACUGCAAUUGAUACUCGUGCCAAGUCGUUUAACAUUGACAAACCUAUGAUCCCACAUCAACCGCUUUUGAAAUACAGUGUUCCUGUGGAAAAAAUGGCCUUGGACACAAUGUAUUCUCGUUGUUGUCAUUUACGUGAGAUUUUACCGAUUCCUGCCAUUCUUAAACAGAUUCCAAAAUCGUCAAUGACUCCAUUACCUUUAUUACAAUUACGUAAUCCGACACCAACCAUGGUUGAAAUUCAAACAUUUGCAGAUUUUGUGAGAAUUGCUCCUAUUAUUUGUAUUUCACUUGAUGGGGUUAGUUUAUCAGUUGAACAAUUCAAGAUUUUGUUAAGUGCAAUGAGUGCCAAGAAACAGUUAGAGAAGUUGAGUUUAAGAAACACUCCUAUUAAUGAACAAGGUUGGUCAUUGCUUUGUUGGUUCUUAUCACGUAACAAAGUAUUGAACAGGUUAGAUAUUACUCAAUGUCCUAGCAUUGCAGUUAAUAUUUUAAAGAAGAAACGGAAAAAGUCAAGUGACAAGAAGUAUGAUGAAGAAAUUGAAAGAAUGACUUGUAAUAUGGACAAUAGGUCCGAUAUGGAUUGGUCAUUGUUUACUGCCACACUAGUCGCCAGAGGCGGAAUUGAAGAAUUGAUCUUGACCGGUUGUUGUAUUACUGAUAUUGCCAUUUUUGAAAAAUUAAUCAAAUUAGCAGUUCUGAAAAAGACAAGUAGAUUAGGUCUUGCAUUUAGUCAGCUAACACCAAGACACUUUAAGAUUUUGGUUGACAAUUGGAUAUUCCAACAUUUUGCCCGUGGGUUAGAUUUAGGAUUUAAUGAUUUUUCCAAUGUUUCCAUGCUUAAGAUAAUUUUGGAUUAUUCGAAACGUCCUAAUUUUGAUAAGAUUUUGGCUAACUCAUCAUUAUCAUUUUUAAGUUUGAAUUCGACUAAUAACACAUUCACGGAUAUAUUCAAAGAAGUAUUUGAAACUAUUUUAUUGAAAUUGCCAAAUUUGAAAUAUCUUGAUCUUUCCAACAAUCAAAAGCUUUUUGGAACAUUUGGUAAAGUUGAAGAAAAUACUAGUAGUUUCCAAAUCGAUGAUACUGAAAUGACAAAGACUACAAGCAUAAGCAGCACCGGUUCCAAUAACACCAACAAUGAAGCUUGCAUUAUUCAUUAUUUCACGUCGAAAUUCCCAUUAUUUCCAAAACUUAUUCGUCUUCAUCUUGAAAAUGAAAAUUUCAGUCAAGCAUCAAUAGUUGCUAUUGCUAAAGUGCUUCCAUUCUGUAAGAACUUGGGAUAUUUUUCCAUCUUGGGUAAUAAGGUUGAUUUAGUUGCUGCAAGUUGUUUAGUCAAUGCAAUCAAGAACUCCAAGACAUUAAUUAACGUUGAUUGUAAUAUUGAGUUAUUCCCUGAAUUAUUUAAAGAAAGAAUUGGAUUAUAUACCAUGAGAAAUAUGGAACGUUUAUUGUACGCAACUCAAAAGGUUCCUUCUAUGGCUCAGAAUGGUGAAAAGGAAGAUGAAUCAUUGACAGAACAACUUAAUGCUAUCCUUGCUCUCAAGGCCCAACAAAAACUUGAUUUGAAACUGGAACAAGUUACUCAGUUCUUAUCUAGAGUCCAACUCAUUCGUCAUGAAUUGAAAGAAACAAUCGACGAAUUACUUGGAUUACAAUUGAAGAAUGGGUUAGAUUUGGACGGUAAGGAGACAUUAAUAAGAUUUAUUUUCAUUAAACAAAGUAUUGAAAAGGGAUUACUGUUGAUUGAUCCAAGUUUAACUGAAGAUGAUGCCAAUGAUGAUGCCAAACAUGAUAAUACCGUGAAUUUGUCACACUCAGAUGAGGAAGUUUCCAUUAAUGAUGACCUUAAUGGAAGACAUUCGCCAAUGAGAUUAUCAAGUAGGACCAGUUCAAGAACAAGCUUGAACAAUUUGAACAAAGAAGAAGCAUCAGUGUUGAGAUUAAGUAAAUUAACUCAAUAUCAUAAUUUAGAAGAUGAGGAAUACGCUGAUAUGAGUGGAGAACAAUUACGUCAAAGAAUGAUGAGUGUUGAAUUAAGUGACAUGGAUAAAAUGAUUGGAUUCUUGGAAAUGCUACGUGAUAAAGGAAUUACCUUGGAGAAAUUGUUCAAGAAACAUCAAGCCCAUUUCAGACUGCAAACUCAUGAUUUAUUAGAUCUUGCUGAAGUUAGAAAGAAGUUGAAAUCAAUGAUUGAAUAUGAGCAAGGCAGUGACGAGCAAAAGACAAACAAAGAAGAAACUGACGAUGCAACUGAACCAGUCGAAGAGCCAAUUAUUUCAACCAACGAAAUGAAUGAGACGUAUGAUAAAGUGUUGAGUAGUUUUACGAAAUAGAGAUAGAUUUUUUAAUUCAUGUUAUACAUUUUUUUAUAGUUUAUAAUAAUACAUACAUCAUCUAGUAUUCGUCCUCGGAGUCCAUUCUCUUAAUUUUAGCCUUUGUAUCAUACUCAUCAUCAGAAUAAACAUCAUCACCUUCUCCAGCCUCACCUUCACCAGGUUCCCCACCUUGUUGAUCAAUUUCUUCAGCUAAAUCUUCACAUGCAUCAAUCCAAUCGGAAUAUAUGUCAACCGGUUGGGAUAGGGAAUGUAUAGCGGUCUGGAAACUUUGUCCACAAAUCUUACAGUGUAAUUCUCCAAGCAAGUUUUUCUUAUCUAUAGUACAAAUGACUGAUUUUUCAUGAUUACAAAAUAAACAUGUGAAUUGUGUAUCAAGCGUUUGUUUGAUUUUUUUGACCGGUUUCUUGGCCGAGGACUUUCUCUUUCCCAUGGUCUGUAGUUGUAGGGUCCAAAAGGUAUAGUU